UCCGGAGAGCCGGUGGCCAAACGGAAAAGAAGGCCAGUUUCUCGGCCCGAGGCGAGACUCUGGCCCCAGAGCGGGAGCGCGUCGCUUUACGGCUUCUGGGAAUCCAUAAGAGUUAGUGGAGGUUAAUCCGGCGAGGAGCGGGUGUGAUCAUCGUUGAAAAAUGUCAGUCCCAGCCACCACAUAUGAAAGAAUAGUUUCCAAAAAUUCCUCUGACUACUACUACAUGAAAGUCUGCCUAGAAUUUCAAGAGCCUGGUGUUGGACUGCAUGUUACACAGUUCAAACAGCUGCUUGUUUCAGCCCUGAAGGACCUUUUUGGCGAGGUUGGUGCUGCCUUACCCUUGGAUGUCCUCACCUACGAAGAGAAGACCUUGUCGGCCGUCUUGAGAAUCUAUAGCAGUGGUCUCGUCAAAUUGUGGAGCUCUUUGACCUUACUAGGAUCUUACAAAGGCAAGAAAUGUGCUUUCAGAGUCAUUCAGGUGUCUCCAUUUCUCCUUGCCUUAACUGGUAAUAGCAGGGAACUGGUCUUGGAUUGAAUUGUCGUCUUUGGAUUCAGACCUUCUUCUACCUUCUGGUGCCAGUAUAAUGUUAUAAGGCUGAAGUCAGCU